AUGUCCUGCUACGAUCUGUGCCGUCCCUGCGGGCCGACCCCGCUGGCCAACAGCUGCAACGAGCCCUGUGUCAGGCAGUGCCAGGACUCGCGGGUGGUGAUCCAGCCCUCCCCUGUGGUGGUCACCCUGCCGGGACCCAUCCUCAGCUCCUUCCCGCAGAACACCGCCGUUGGAUCCUCAGCCUCUGCAGCUGUGGGCAGCAUCCUGAGUGAGGACGGAGUCCCCAUCAGCUCCGGGGGCUUUGGCCUCUCCGGCCUUGGUGGCCGCUACUGCGGCAGGCGGUGCCUGCCCUGCUAG